GAAAGCGGACCUUUGGAGCUGGUCUGGAGUCUCCUUGAUAGAUAAAACAAGAAAAAUUGGAGUUGAGUAAUUCUGCUUUCUCUCUGCCAUCUGCUAAAAUUGCCCCAUCACAGGCCUAUUCCUUCCUUGUUGCUCUUCUCUCCAAUGCAGAUGAAUUUCCCAGAUACAUCAGAAAUCUGAAAAAUGACCUGGUUAUUUACCAAAGCUAACUGAAACUGCUAUUUUUAACACUACUGGAUCAAGUUAACAAUCUCCGAUUCAAAAGGUACAAGGCUGUGCUACUAAGAUAAGGCCAUUCCCCUUAUUACUGCCUUUGAGGAACUUCUCUGAGGCAUGGAUACUCCAGAGUACAACCGCUUUGUGGAUCCAGAGAAAAUGGAAGCUAUGAUCCCAGAUGAAGGACCCAAGGACAUGAUAAGCACAGACUUCCAGGAGAUAAAACAGUUGGCACGCCAGGGCUACUGGGCCCGAAACUACACUCUUAGGGGAAAAGUUUACCAAAAGCUGAUUGAGGACAUUCCAUGUCGAACAGUCACACCAGAUGCCUGUGUGUACAGUGACAUUGUAGGAAAGAUUGUGGGCAAACACAGCAGCAGUAACCUCCCUCUGCCUGAGUUUGUGGACAAUAGUCUGGUCCCAAGCUACUGUCUGAAUCCACAGGGAGAAGAAGCUGUUCGAAAGAUUCUCUUGUGUAUUGCUAACCAGUUCCCUGACAUUUCCUUUUGCCCAACACUUCCAGCAAUUGUCGCCCUACUCCUGCACUAUAGCAUUGAUGAAGCAGAGUGUUUUGAGAAAACUUGUCAUAUCUUGGCUUGCAAUGACCCCAGCAAGAGAUUUAUUGACCAGAGCUUCCUCGCUUUUGAGUCUUCUUGUAUGACAUUUGGGGACCUUGCUAAUAAAUACUGCCAGGCGGCCCACAGAAUGGUGGUAGAAUUGUCGGAGGAUGUAUUACAGGUCUACUGUGACUGGCAUCGGUGGCUCUUUGGGGAUCUGCCAUUCAGUUACUUUGCCCGAGUCUUUGAUGUAUUUAUGGUUGAGGGUUACAAGGUGCUCUACAGAGUUGCUUUGGCAAUUCUUAAGUUCUAUUGCAAAGCAAAAGCUGGGCAGCCUCUGGACUCAGACAAUGUGAAACAGGAUAUCCGUGUGUUUGUCAGAGACAUCGAAAAGUCAGUAUCCCCUGAGAAGCUACUGGAUAAAUCCUUUGCCAUUCGUCUCUUCUCCCGGAAGGAGAUCCAGCUCUUGCAGAUGGCCAAUGAGACAGCUCUGAAGCAGAAAGGGAUCACGGUCUAUAACAAGAGUGUUUCAUCUUCUCAAAGGCAGUUCGUGCACUUGGCUGUUCAUGCUGAGAAUUUCCAGUCAGAGAUUGUCACUGUGAAGGAGAUGCGAGACAUCUGGUCAUGGCUCCCUGAACGGUUUGCUCUCUGCCAGCCUCUGCUGAUUUUCUCCACUAUGCAGCAUGGAUAUAGCCUGACAAGGCUUUAUUACCACUGUGAUGGACAUGAGCCAACUCUCCUUCUCCUCAAGACAACAACGAAAGAGGUUUGUGGUGCUUACCUGUCGACAGAUUGGAGGGAUCGAAAUAAAUUUGGAGGCAAGCUGAGCUUCUUUGGGACUGGGGAGUGCUUUGUGUUUAGGCUGAAGCCAAAAGUUCAACGAUAUGUGUGGGUAGUGAUAAAACACCCAGAGCUGGCCAAGAACCAGAAUUCAGCCUCAGAACCUACAACUUCAAGUCUCCAGCUCAGCCACACAGACUCCACAGACCCCUCAAAACGGCUCUCACCUUUCUUGGCCGCUCGGCACUUUGGUCUUCCUUCAAAAGCUGAAUCUCUGUUCAUGGCUGGAUCCAAUGAAUGCAUCAUCAUAGGUGGUGGAGGUGGUCAGGCUCUGUACAUCGAUGCGGACCUGAACCGAGGCCACACAGGACAUUGUGAAACCUUUAACAAUGAGCCUCUGUGCUCUGAAAACUUCCUCAUCUCUUCCUUAGAGGUAUGGGGCUUCUGGAAUGCUGACAUACAAGAAUAGAAACAGCCACACUCGCCAGUCCCUGCAAGGAAGACAAGGACAUUCAGGGGCUUCCAGCACAGGAGGAAGGCUACUCCAGGAUUGACUUCUCCAUUUUCAGGUCGUGAUCUUGGAUAGAAGCACAAGGCCCUGUGAUCUUUUAGGGGGUCUCUCUCCAUCCUGGCUUUCUAUGAUGGCUACUGACCCCUCUGAAAAGUCAGCCUAUAGUCAAGAGUUCCUGAAACUUCCCUUCUCUUCAUCCCCUAGGGAAUGGGUUAGUUUGAGCUGGAGCCUGUUAUGGGGAUCAGAUCAUUUCUGGAGACAGACUCAAGCCUUGCCCCAUCUGCUUAGAGACUUUGGUGUAAUCCAGAGUCCUGUCUCCUCUUGGGACAGAGCCCAUGGAUGGUGUUGAGGGACAGAUAAAUAGCAAAGAUAAUACUAUGUGAACCAAUUCCAAGGUCAUACCUAGGCUCUCUGGCUGGUCCUGAACGGUGGGCUGGUGGGGUGGGGGAAGGAACCUUUGUUCUAAGGGUAAUUCAAGGUGCAGAUGAACAAAGGCCCUUGCAUAGAGUCCUCUGCAAUAGCCCAGGAAGUCACCAGCCUUCCCUAGAUGUAGCCCUUGGGGCCACCCUUUUCCUCUCUCAAAUCAUAGGCUCAGAUGUGAACAAACAAUCCUCCCAACAGGCACCUUAUCUUUCUGGGUUUUGGAGAAAGCUCAAGUCCAAGAGACAGAAGUCGUCAGAGGGGAUGGAAUUAACCUCUGGAUCCUGGAAUUAGCACUCUCUACACAAAUCCCUCAUGUCUUCAUAGCUGUCUGAGUACCCAUUCACCUUCCUCCCUUAUCUAGGUAUCUUGGUCCCUCUAUACCCUCAAAAGAAAUCUCAUUAUAUGUGUAUAUGUCUCUUCCUUUAACACUGAAUCUGGUUGUCUGUG